CGAGAGGUUGCGUUGCCCAAAGCUCGACGACAGCGGCGAUGUCGAACUCGACGUGCCCGCGGUGCUUUGCAGGCACAUGCAAGGAGCAUAGUAAGGCUGCGUUGGGGUCUGCGGCGGCAGAAAAGGCAGACUUGAUACAGCGAAUGUACGACAAUCUUGUCGGGAAGCAGCUGGAGAAGCUCAAGAAGGCCCAGGACGCGGCCAAGCUCGACGCCGACACAGAACAGUACCGCGACUCGCUGGCAAAAAGCCGUGACAAGAAGCGCGAGAAAAGGUCGUACAAGGCGAAGGGGAGUAGCAGCAGCGUCGCAGCAUUGCACAGUGGCAGUGGAUUGAACCCCCAAGCUUUGGCUGCCAUCUGCUCGAGCGACGACGACACUGGGUCAAAAUCCACCUCAUCCAGACGAGACGAUCGCAAAAAGAGGAGAAAGAAGGACUCGAAAAGAGCCAAGAAAGCCAUGAAAAAGUCAUCCAAGAAACGGCGCGCCAGCAGCGACAGCUCCAGUGACAGCGAUAGAAGCGACACCCGACCGCCAACGAAGCGACGAAACCACGAUUAAGUCCCCGUGAAUGUGCUAUCCAUUCAUGCAUAUCAAGCUCGUAGUGCUCUUGAACAGGUGCCAAGGCCGGCGGGUAGGCCAUAGGAAACGAACAGCAUCGUCGUCCAUGCUCGUUGGGAGUGCUGUGCUUAUAGAUUCGUGCCAUCCACCCCU